AUGCCCGGUAUCGUGACGCCUUCAGCCACGCCGAAUGCGAAGCGCGGCGGAACAGCAGCGUCCGCCGCAGCUAGCGAGAAGGGUAGCAGCGGCGGCGUGAAGAAAUCAUCUCAGCAGGAGAGUAGCGGCAGCAGAAGAGGCCGCAAGGGUCCCAGCAAGGCACCGCCUCGCGCAAAGCGCACGCUGGAUGCCUGGGUCGUCCGAGACCAGUCGGAUCGAGCCCCCCUGCGGUCCCUGUCGCCCGAUGUCCCGAUCGACAAGGAGGUGCCAGCCCGUCGGGGCAGGCAGCGGCAGCAGCACAAGUCAGCGGCAGGAUCGGGAGCAACAGCACCGUCUCCAGCUCCCGUGAACAGCAAGCAUUCCUCCAGACCGGCGGCGCAGCCGCAGGUGAUCGAGGUGGUGGACUCCAGUCCUUCCCCGACGUUGGGAAAGGCUAACGCUCCUGCUGCUCGAAGAAAGAAAUCCAACGGGAAGAAGCAGAUCGCCGCCGCACUUGGAGGCGGCCCUGCUAGUCGGAGCCGCAGCAAGAGCUCUCCCGCCAAGCCAGCGCUGGGCUCCGUGGCCGACAUCGACCAAUCAUCGGUGGGGACCAAGGCUGCUAGCACGACAAAACUUGGUCCCAAGAAUGGGGCAUCAACAGCAGCAGUCAAGGGCGGCAAGACGCCCACCGCCGCCUCAGCGAAAAGCAAAAAGAGGGCUUCGACAGCAGCGGCGGCGCCGGCGCCGGCGGCAGCGGGAGGAGCCAAAGGAGCCGACACGUUCACGAGAAGACCGAUCAAGAAGAAGGGUGCCCCGCCUCCUAAAAACAGUCAGAAGAAAGGGAGUGCUUCAGCGGCGGGGGAAACCAAGGCGACGGCAGCAACAUCCUCUGCUGCCGCUGCUCCGGCUGCUCCGGCGGCGGCGGCGGCCUCCGCAACGGAAACUGCGGCGGCAACGAACGGUUCCCGUGGCAAGACGGCUACCUCGGCGGGACGACGUCGCGGACCGCCGCGGGGCGGCAAGACCCCGCCAGGGUCCCCGGCCGCUCCCCCAACCCCCCCCAAGACCAAGCAGGAACCUAUCGGCGUUGUUAUUUCGAGCACCAACGCUACUACCGCGGUCGAGGCCUCGUUGUCGCCGCCGCCGCCGCCGCCGCCGCCGCCGCCGCCGCCGCGGGACACCGUCGCUCUCUCCCCUCCGCGCGCAUCGCGCGGCGCCGUCCGCGCAAGCGGUAGCCCAGCGGCACCGUUGUCUCCCAUUCCGGCAACGGCGGUGGCGAUGCCGAGAACUCCCGUACGCGGCGCCGCCGCCGUCGCUGCCGCUGCCAUCGCCGCUACCGCCCCGAGGCCCGCUGCCGCACCCGCGGUAGCAUCGGCGACAGGCGAGAAGAAGGAGACACCGGCCCCGAAAGCCAAGAAGUCCAAGCCGGCGGCGCGGCACUUCACUCCGCUCGUGGCCGGUGCCGCCGGGGGUAGCGGCUGGGCGACGAAAGAAGACGCCCUCGGCUCCAAGAAGGGGAAGGCGGGCAAGCUGCAGCAGGGAAGCAUGCAGGCACCCGCCGCUGUGGCAAGUUCUGCCGUUGACCCAGCAACGGUGGCGGAGGAGAGCGGUGGAACGAGCGGGGUGGGUGGUGGUCCGGCGGCGGCGGCGGCGGCGACAGAUAGCGCACCUGGGGCGGGAACGGUUGCCGUGGUAGCGGACGGGGGUGUCGUCGGCGGGGGGGGGCGUCUUGAGAAGCGCCCUCUUUCGGAAGCUGACGCGGCCGUCCCUCCCCCUCCCGCAGACAGCGGCAAGGAGGCUCCUGCUCCGAAGAAGAAGCAGAAGGUUCACGAGGCCGGCAAUUCGGAACCAAGAGACGCCCCUGCUACGGGGCAGGCGGCGGCGACGUUGGACUCGCCCGAAUCGGAUGCGGCCAACAGCAAAAAGCGUAAGAUCUCGGCUGCCACCGGUCGAGGGCAGGGCGAAGCGAUGGAUGAAGCGAGCGCGGUGACCGAGAGCGGCGAGAAAAACCCGGGCGAGGCGAAAGACGGAGAGAGUACUGCCGCUGCCGCUGCCGCUGGCUGCGACACCGCCGGAAAUGCCAGCCCCAAGAAGAAGCCACGAGCGGCGGAGGCUUCCUCUCCCGUCAGUAGCAGCCCCCAGCCUCCAGCGGCGGCGGCGGCGGCGGCGGCGGCAGCGCUUUCGUCUGGCAACACCGUUGUGGGCAAGAGCCCCGCCGCCCACAGCCAGGAAUCGGGCCGGGGCGCAGCACCUCCCGAGGGAGGAGGGGCAUGGACAAGCGGCGGAGAAGAAGCAUCGACGGCGGCGGCUGUGGAGGUAGAUCAUACGGCGGCGGUCGUAGCUACGGAGGCACCGACUCCUCCUCAGCGGCAAGAGGAACUCCGCACCUACGUCAGGAUUGGGGGCGGUUGCACGACGGGAAGCUGCCUCGACUGCUGCUUCAAGUCCGCCCUGCCCUGCGCGGCCCACGCCAAGCAGCUGCAGCGCAAGCGCCUGGAGGAAGAGCUUCUUUCGGCCAAACCCAGCCAGAGCCAGAUCAGGGAAAAGCAGCGCAACAUCAAGGACACCUUCAAGGAGGAGUCCUUCCACGCUAUCGGCGACACGGUGACCGUGUGGUGCUUCUUGGACUUCGUGCGUGCCAAGUCCAACCAGGCGGCCUUCACGUCUCUCUCGAGAACUCAGCGAGCCACCGCCGGCCGCGAUGCCUCCCGCUCCAGGAGAGCCUCUGGAGGGGGCCCCGCAGCACGAAGAGGACGGGGGGGUGACGACGCAUUGCCGCCGGCGCCCCCGACGUCGUCGUCGAACGGCGACGGCUCAGCGGCGGCGGCGGCGGCGGCGGACCCCGAGUCAGCGGUCGGCGGUAAGGCUCGCGUCCGCGUCCGCGUCCGCCAGGCGGUGGCGCGGUGGCAGCGCAAGAACGCGGAGAUGCUCACCGCCCUCCGUGAGGGUGAGGGCGGUGGGUCUUCUUCGUUGGCCGUGGCUACCUCCGCCUAAGGGGGGAGGGGGGGGGGGGGGGGGGGGGGGGGGNGGGGGGGGGGGGGGGGGGGGGGGGGGGGGGGGGGGGGGGGGGAGGAGACGGACGGGAGGGUCAAGGGCUGGUUCGAUUGAGAGGCAGUGAGUGGAGGAACGCAACGCCGCUGCUGCCGCCGUUUGCCCGAACGCGGGCACUGCCACCGAGGUUGUGCUCUAGAUGCCGUCAUCUCAUCCCGAAAAAUAGUAGGCGGCCAAUUUUUCUCGAAAGAAUAUGCGACCCCUUUUUCUGUGUACCGAAGAGAGCACUGGUGUGCCCCGAGGACGGGGAGUCCGUUGUUUGCACUGUGCCGGUCUGGCCUGCUCUCGAAGGCAUCAAACCGACGGCGAAAUCACAAGCGUGAGUAUCCUCGGCUGCUGGGGACGUCGGAUAAAACGUCGGCUCGGGAUCAUGCGGAGGUCGAAUUGUGUGUUUGAUGUUCCUCAGCCGUGGGACAGCAAAGUAGUACAGCUAUGUAGUCGUCCCCGCUUUUAGGACACUCACGGUUUUCUUCAAAAACGGCGUUCUUGAAGCGGUGAAGUGUCGAAACCUCCCCCCAUGUUGUUUGAUUCUGCGGGACGCCAUGCUUCUGAAAAGUAUGGAGUCUCUAAGGCCGCGAGAAAUGCCUUGUUCGUUGUCCUUACGCGGGGAUAACUGCUCUGCUUUAGUGAAAGCGGUGUCCCAUGUGUUGAACGCUGCGGCGCACACCUUGUCCAAGCGUGGCGAGCCCACUCUCCCGUGGUCGUUGUAAGAAUAAAGUCGCAGAAUCUCUAGUGCAGCGCGACGCCAUGUGUGUGGUGAUUUGUUCUCGUGUCAGGUGCCGGCGGUGUUUUUUUUCUUCUUUACGCGGCGUUUCUGCACGUGGAUGCAUGCGCGGUGCUAUUUUUUGCGCGAUCUUCUUUUAGAAGAUUGUUCUUGUUUUUUAGCUGUGUUUUUUCGUGAUGGGUGUUUUUCUCAUGUCAAGCUUCGUGGUCGUGACGUACAAGUACUACAUGGGUCGAUGGUUUUGGUGACGUACAAGACGGUGGGGGCCCCGCAGACUUUAAUACGAAUUUGUUUCCCUUGAGAAUGACCAUGCUCGUUUUUCAGGGGAGAAAUGCAGUCGUCGACAGGGAAGAGUACUACCCAUGGUACUGGUAGGAGGCGCGAUGCUGGGUUUCCAAGGCGUCAUUAUUUGCGAAGGAGCAGUGCCAGCCGCCAAAAGGGAGAGCUACAAUGUAGGGGUAGGUUUGCAAGGAGGAGGCAACGAUCCGUGGAACGGUCCGUACAACGGUCCGGCCCGCCCGUGGGUGUUGUAGGCGAGGAUACCCCCCAUCCGCCCAGCCACCCACGCGGAGCGAGGGUCGUUUUUUUUGUCAUGCCCUGUUUUUUUCGCUUUGCAAUGCGUCCAUCCAGGAGCCGUUCGUGUGAUCCGUGUGCCCGGUAUCUAUCGUGGUUUGUUUGGUUUUGUUUUGGACGUUGUUCGAGUGUUGAUCGCUCCGUGGAGGAAGCCGUGACACCCACACGCCACCCGAAAUCUCGUCCUUUCGUCCACGAAACGUUUUACGGCCGUCGUUAUCCCAUCGAGGAAAGUUAGCCGUCUUGAAGAAACCGAUAUAAACAACAGUGUGCCAGAUUAGCGGUAGGUUGCAGCUUGCACCGGGGGAUAAGAUAGAUUAUCAGCACCAAGUUAAAGUGUUAGCUUUUGUUGUUGGUUUGUGGAGAGCUUACAGUAACACUAAGAUGUGAAAGGCUUGCUGCUUUUUGCCCUCGA